UCACAGUUCCUUUUGUUACACUGAAAUGUCAAAGAGCCUUUAUGUAGGUUAUAUGGCAGGCGUCCACUGGAGGACUAAGUUGCCGGGCUGAAUGGUCGUUGUAACAUCAGUGAAAAAGCAGAAGCGCGACGGAUGUGGGUAGCAUCUCAACACAAAUAGUGACAGCUGGCGCACCAAGGGUGCAGCUAAAUCUGAAAGGCCCACUGAGCCUAAAACUAUGAAUCCCGAGGAGCAGACUGUUACGUGGCUAAUAACAUUAGGCGUGCUUAAUUCACCCAAAAAGAAUAUCGCUGAUCCGGAGGAAUUUCUGAAAACCUCUCUCAGAGAUGGGGUCGUCCUGUGUAAGCUCAUGGAGCGAGUGCUACCUGGAGCCAUCUUAAAGUAUUCAGCUGAACCCAGAUGCGAAGCGGACUGCAUUACAAACAUUCGAGAGUUUCUAAAAGGAUGCCAGUCUCUAAAGGUUGAGGGCUUUGAUCCAGAAAGUUUAUAUACUGGGGAGAACUUCAACAAGGUUCUGUCGACACUCUCAGCAAUAAACAUCGCCACUCAAGAUACCCCUAAGAGAUCAUGUCCACAGGCCAGUGCCUCUGCUCCUAGCCUGUCAGCCCCUUCACAAGCUGUUCCCAACUUAAAGUCCAGCAGGUCUUUACGGAGACAGUCAAAAGCUGUGGAAAUGUCAGAGAAUGGAGGUGGCGGGCAGCUGGUGGUCAAGGCACGCUUUAAUUUCAAGCAGAACAAUGAGGACGAGCUAUCUUUCAACAAGGGCGAGCUGAUCCAUGUCACACGCCAGGAGGAAGGUGGAUGGUGGGAGGGAACCCUUAAUGGCAAAACCGGCUGGUUCCCUAGCAAUUACGUCCGAGAGGUCAAGCCAUGUGAGAAACCGAUUUCUCCGAAAACGGUAAAAGGACUUGACGUUCCUCAGUUGACUAAAAAUUAUUACAAUGUGGUGGUGCAAGACAUCUUGGAGCAUGAGAGAGAGUUUGUCAAGGAACUGCAGACGGUACUGGGCUGCUACCUGCGCCCUCUACAGGCCAGCGACAAGCUGUCUAGUGCGGACUGCUCCAGUCUGAAUGGGAAUUUAGAGGACAUCCUUUCUUUCCAACAGGGACUGUGUCUUGCCUUAGAGGAGUGCUCCAAGAUGCCAGAGGGCCAGCAGCGGAUUGGCGGCUGUUACCUGAACCUGAUGUGUCAGAUCAGAACACUGUACUUGUCCUACUGCUCCAGCCAUCCUUCUGCAGUCUGUGUGCUGACGGAUCACAGUGAGGAGCUGGACAAGUUUAUGGAGAGUCAGGGCGCCAGUGCUCCCGGUAUCCUGACCCUCACCACCAGCCUGAGCAGACCCUUCAUGAGGCUCGACAAAUCCAUCCUCCUGCAGGAGCUUGAGCGACAUGUGGAGGAUGCUCAUCCAGAUUACAGUGACAUUCUCAAAGCGAACGUUGCUUUUAAAAAUCUUGUGACUCAGUGUCAAGAUCUGCGAAAAAGAAAGAACCUGGAGUUGCAGAUCUUGUCUGAGCCAGUGCGGGGCUGGGAGGGCGACAGCAUGAAGUCACUGGGUCAGGUGGUCUACAUGUCACAGGUCUACAUCCAGAGCAGCUCAAAUGAGGAAAAAGAAGAGCGAUACUUCAUGCUGUUUCCCAAUGUGAUAGUCAUGCUGUCUGCCAGCCCAAGAAUGAGUGGUUUCAUUUACCAGGGACGUCUUCCACUGACUGGAACCACUGUAACCAAACAGCCAGAGGAUGCAGAGACAGGCCAUUAUGCUUUUGAGAUCACAGGAGGGACAAUAGAUCGCACCAUGGUGUUCUGCAGUAGUCCACAGGAGCAGCUGGAGUGGUUAGAACAUCUUCAUGCUUACAGCAAGGAAGGAAGUCCAGUCGGAACAAUAUUGAAGAGUGUUGAGGGAAAGGCUACAACCAUGACUGGCACGUCGUCCCACCACUUGCACAGUUUCGGUACUGCUGUGGCUAACCGAGGCCCUCUCGAACCCCCUAAGAUCACCAAGCCAUGGUCCUUAAGCUGUCUGAGACCAGCGCCGCCUCUCAAGCCCUCCGCUGCGCUAGGUUAUAAAGAGAGGAUGUCUUAUAUCCUGAAGGACACUAGUAAAAGCCCCAGACCCAGACCCAAGUUCCUCCCAAAGAGAAAAACGGAGAGAAAACCAUCAGAUGAUGAGUUCCUGCUCAGAAAAAGCACAGCAGCUCUGGAGGAGGAUGCACAGAUACUCAAAGUGAUUGAGGCCUACUGCACCGGAGCCAGUUUCCACCAAUCCACCACAGCUGUUCGUAAGGAGUGCAUCCCCCAGGUCCUGCUUCCAGAAGAAGAGAAGAUUAUUGUUGAGGAGAUCAAGAGCAAUGGCCAGACGAUCAUUGAGGAAAAAAGUCUUGUUGAUGCUGUUUAUGCUCUAAAAGAUGAAGUCCAUGAAUUAAAAAAGGAGAAUAAAUGGAUGAAGCAAUGUCUGGAAGAGGAACAGAAGUCGCGUAAGGAGCUAGAGCGUAUAGUCAGAAAGUUGGCCAAGCAAAAGAAUGACUGUUCCUGGGAUGAUGGAGGUCACUAAAGAACACUCUAGACACUCGCCUGUUUCCCUUUGCCAGCCGCAUGUAUGUGUUUCCGUGUCUGUGUGUCCUCACAAAUGUGUUUUUAUGUGUUUUUUCCAUCACAUUACACACUGAACGUUGCUUUUGGAAAGUCACCAUGCUGGGGAUUUUCAGCCUUUUCUCGUCAGAUGUUUUUUAAGGACAAGAUGCGAUAAGAAGAUCAACUCUGUGAUUAGUGACUGUGUUUAUCUUGCCAUACUGAAGAAUAUCACUGUGCGGUUUGCUUCACACUCCUGUGAUGUGACAUUCUGAGAACAAACCUGCAACCUUCUUUAAGUAUUUUUUGAUUUGGAAAACUUCAGAUAACUGUUUAAGAGUCCUGUCCAUUUUUUGUUCCGGUUCACUCCACUCCAACAAGAACCAUCACAGAAAAGAUGGUGGAAUCUCUUGUUAUUGAACUGAACAAAUAUCUGCCUCACUUUAUGACUGUUACUGGACACGGACAAAAGAAAUCCGAUGACAUUCAGCCCAUGAACAGCAUUCCGACUCAAGCCGCUAAUGCACAAGUGAAAAUAUUCUGUUUAUGGCAUAAGAGAAGAUAAUUGUCAUAGGAUUUCCAACAAGUAUUGCUAUUUUUAGACCUAUUUCUGCUUUUAUAAUGUGAAAACGGUUGCUUUUAGGUCACAAAUGAACAAGAUUGAGAUUUGUGGUUUGCACCUGAUUGAUAUGAGAUGCCCUACUUACCAUCUUGAAAUGAGUUUGGUUUUUCCUUUUAGUUUGAAAGCUUUGAAUUAAAUGCCUGUAAUGUGUCAUUGGACUGUAGGUUUAGAUUCAGUUUAUUCCAAAUAUGUGUUACCCGGACAGUCACUCACAUUAGUAUGGGUACACACAGUAUUCCCAAAACAGCCAUUUUAAUACUGCAUAAUCACGCUUCUGAUAAUCAUCACUAGUUUGAAGCUGUCAGGGAUAUAGUUGUCAGAAAUAGUUAGGUUUAUCAUACUAUACUAAUACGAUACAUCAUAUAAUGUAUGUACAGUAUAUCAUAUAUACAGUAUAAAUAUGUAUAUAUCAGAUAUUAUGGUGAAAGGAACCUAUUUUAAUGGUAACAAAAAUACAGUAGGAAACUUCAUCCUCCUUUUUCAGAGGCUUGAAACUAUUUCAUAUGUAUCUUAAACCAAAAACAAUCCUGUAUGUUUGUGGAUUUGGUACUAGGAGCCCUUUUAGGACUCAAAAA